CAGGCGGGCGGCAGCUACGGGGUGAACCCAGCGCUCCUGUUAAAGGGUGACCCUGCCCUGACGUUGGGCCUGACCCCAAAGUCACUGAGAGCAGAGGGGAGCGAGGAGCUGUGACUGCUGGGGAAAGAGGAGGAGAGAGCCUGGAGGAGGAUGCGAAAGGAGCGCUGCCCAUAAAGCACCAUGGGGCAGCACGUGGUGCGGUGAUGGGCACUGCGCAAGGAGCGACCCCGGGCCCAGCGCUAGGAGCUGUGCCAUGCCAGCGGGCAGCCACGAGGUUGAGAAGCCCCCACAGCGCCAGCACUGAGCAAGGAGAAGGCAGUGAGCCCUGGUGGAAUCGAGGCGUUGAGCAUGGCAGCCUCCACCUGGCAGUCCUGUGGAUAUUUACGGGAUGACACAAGCCAGGCACGAGGCACAGACUGCGCCACGUCCCGGGGAGGUUCGGCAGUAGCACGCCAGGAGUGCAGCCCACAGCCUCUCCAGCAGGGCCUGGGUGCCACGAUCCGGGCACACUGCCCCACCAUGAGCUCUGCGGGGAUGGAAGGAGAAAGCCCUCCGAAGGUGUAUGAGAUGCAGGUGGGGCAGCGGCGGGCCGGCAGCGGGCGCACGGUGAGGCCGGUGGUGUACAGGCUGGAAGAGAGCGAGUAUCGGCGGCUGCUGAAGGAGGCAGAAGAAGGCCCUGAGGAGGACUGGGAGCCUGAGAAUGAGGGGCUCGGACCGCAGGAGGGCUGCCCAGGGAAUGGGGUGGCGGCGAGCCCCAGGCUCCAUCGGAUUGAUGUCCUGCGGGGAGCCCCACUGAUCCGCUCGUACUCGGAGAGCAGCGUGGAGCUGCGGGUGGCGAGCAAAGCGCCGGACUGCCCCACGGAGGGUGGCAAACCCCGCGUCCCUGCCAGGUCAGACAGCUUUGAGCUGAUGGAUUACAUCCUGCAGAGCAGGCAGGAGGCGGGGGCACCGCUGUCCCACAGCCCCCGAGACGGAUUCAUGCAGGUGUUGGGCUUUGCACCGUGCCAGAACGGAGAGGAUGGGCAGCUCACAAAGAGCCGGGCGGCGAGAGAUGCUGGUAAGCUUACAAGGCAGAACAGCACCCAGACGCUGGAGAACAAGGAAUGGCUUGGAGCAGAUGUGGAUAUGGAGAUGCUGGAGUCAUACAGCCAGAAAAAGUCACCUCCGGCCCCACCGGCCAGGUCACACAGUAAGGAGAGCCUGGCAUUGAGCAUGAGCAAGACCGUAGCACUGAGCGAGGCACUGCUGGAGCCCUGCAGCCCUGCGGCCCGGCCAGGGGGGAAGGAGCCAACAGGAGGGGGCCCAAAGGAGCAGGGGAGGAAGAGCGAGGAGGAGGAGGAAGAGGAGGAGGAGAAAGUGCUCAAAGUUGCCGAUGCGAAGAAAACCUUUGAGAAGGCGAAAGCAGAGGGGAAGGCAGCAGCUAGCAGUGCCCGGAAAGACACAAUGAGGCGAGUGGUACGACAGAGCAAAUUCCGGCAUGUGUUUGGCCAGGCAGUGAAGAACGACCAGUGCUACGAUGACAUCCGUGUCUCUCGCGUCACUUGGGACAGCUCCUUCUGUGCUGUGAACCCCAGGUUUGUUGCAAUCAUCGUGGAUGCGAGCGGCGGCGGGGCCUUCCUGGUGCUGCCUUUGCACAAGACGGGCCGAAUUGACAAGUCCUACCCAACGGUGUGCGGGCACACAGGACCAGUGCUGGACAUUGACUGGUGUCCCCACAACGACCAGGUCAUCGCCAGUGGUUCUGAGGACUGCACUGUCAUGGUAUGGCAGAUUCCUGAGAAUGGGCUCACGCUGUCCUUGACAGAGCCAGUGGUAGUUCUAGAAGGCCAUUCGAAGCGAGUGGGCAUCGUGGCUUGGCACCCGACGGCGCGCAACGUGCUGCUCAGUGCAGGUUGUGAUAAUGCAAUUAUCAUCUGGAACGUGGGGACAGGUGAAGCCCUCAUCAACUUGGAUGACAUGCACGUGGAUGUGAUCUACAAUGUGAGCUGGAAUCGCAAUGGCAGCCUAAUCUGUACAGCUUCCAAAGACAAAAAAGUUCGGAUCAUUGACCCCAGGAAACAAGAAAUCAUCGCUGAGAAAGAGAAAACCCAUGAGGGAGCCCGGCCCAUGCGAGCCAUUUUCCUCGCUGAUGGAAACAUCUUCACGACCGGCUUCAGCCGCAUGAGCGAGCGGCAGCUGGCCCUCUGGAAUCCAAAAAACAUGGAGGAGCCAAUAGCCCUUCACGAGAUGGACACCAGCAAUGGGGUCCUGCUGCCAUUCUAUGACCCAGAUACCAACAUUAUUUACUUGUGUGGCAAGGGUGACAGCAGCAUUCGCUACUUUGAGAUCACGGAUGAAUCCCCCUAUGUUCACUACCUCAACACCUUCAGCAGCAAAGAGCCGCAGAGGGGAAUGGGGUUCAUGCCAAAGAGGGGCCUUGAUGUGAACAAGUGCGAGAUUGCCAGGUUCUUCAAGCUUCAUGAGCGGAAAUGUGAGCCCAUCAUCAUGACAGUCCCUCGAAAGUCGGACCUCUUCCAGGAUGACCUGUACCCCGACACAGCUGGCCCAGAGGCAGCGCUGGAAGCAGAAGAGUGGUUUGAGGGGAAGAAUGCUGAUCCCCUUCUCAUUUCCUUGAAGCAUGGGUACAUUCCUGGCAAGAACAGGGAUCUCAAGGUGGUCAAGAAGAAUAUACUGGAUAACAAACCUGCUGCAAACAAGAAAAGUGAUCUCAUAAGUGCUCCAAAGAAAGCAGCUGAUGCCUCAGACGCCCAAAACGAAGCCAAAUUGGAUGAGAUUUUGAAAGAGCUGAAAUCCAUAAAAGACACCAUCACCAACCAAGACGAGCGCAUUUCCAAGCUGGAACAGCAGAUGGCGAAGAUCGCAGACUGAGCGGGGCUGGCGGGCGCUGCCAGCCCAACACAUUCCAGUUCCCCGGUUUGGCCAGCAGCAGCGUGCAGCAUUCCAGUACGAGCUUUCCUGUUCUCCCAAAUUCACGUCAACGAGAGCCGAUGAUUAAAGCCAAGCUUUUUAGUGAAAGAAUUUUUUUUUUUCCCUGAUGUUUUAAUGAAUUUAUGUGACUGUGUCAAACAAUUCAACGAGAAUAAGUGCUACUUUUACAGUCUUUAUUAUUUUUUUUUUUUCACAGAUGUUAUGAAUUCUUGAAAAGAAACCCAUUCUGACUCUU